UUUUCACUUCUGUUCAAGUACAAUAAGCUUCUAAGUUAUUGUCAAGUACCUGCAUGGAUAUGCUGUAAUUUGGAAGGGAAUGGAAAAGACUCAUCGAAUGAUGAUUUCAUCAGUUCUUCAGUAGAGAUGGAUGUUUAUGAAACUGUCAUUCAGGAGAUUGAUGGAAAUGUUUCUGACAAUGGCUCUAAUCAUCCGCCGUCAAGCAUAUUAGCUGUGUCUAACAAUAGAUGUUAUACACCUCAGAGGUCUAGUAAGCGGUGGAAGCGACAACAUUACUUGCAACAAAGAGCUCGACAAGAACGUCUAAACAACAGCAGGAAGUGGAAAGGUGAAGGACAUGCUCAAGCAUUGCAUGUGAAGGCAGGAGAAAAUUGUAAACCAGUCAUUUUAGACGUUUUUACCCCUGGAAGGACAGAAAGAGCAUUGGAAAUCAUAGGCCUGGAUGAUGAUGGCGACAAUAAGCAAUCACUUUCAGCAGAAGCUGAAAGUGAUUUCCUUCCAAAUGUUGAAAACAAUAAAAUUAGUUCCAGUAAGGGAUCAUGCGAAGAUAGUUGCUUAUGUGUUGAGCUUGAGCCUAUAGGUGAAGGCAGAGAAGAUGAAUGCUCUACCUCUGAUGUAACAUCUAUACAAAAUGAAGCUGCUAAGCAGGAUGAAGUUUCAUCUUCAGAUAUAUCCAAAGCUGCUUCUACGAUAAAGAGGCAUUCUGAAAGGGAUCUCGAUAACCCCAAACCAUGCAAGUCUCGAAAAUCAAUUGAAGAUAGCUCCAAUAUAUCACAGAAAUAUAGCAACCUCUCAUUUUGCAGCAUUGAGGAUCAUCUACCAGAUGGUUUUUAUGAUGCAGGACGCGACCGGCCCUUUAAGUCGUUGAGGAGUUAUGAACAAACUUUGCAUCCUGAUUCGCGUGAAGUCAUUCUUGUGGACAGGAAAAGUGAUGAAGAGUUGGAUGCAAUUUUGCUCUCUGCUCAAACUUUUGUACAGCAUUUGAAGCAAAUGAAUGGUUUAGCCAAAGAUAGGGUUAUUGAACCUGUUGGUAACCUGCAGGUUGCUUCAUUACUUGCUCUUUUUGUAUCAGAUCAUUUUGGAGGGAGUGAUAGAAGUGAUAUUGUUGCAAGGACUCGCAGAAGUGUAUCUGGUUCAAAUUACCGGCAGCCUUUUGUUUGUACUUGCUCAACUGGACACAGUGACAGUAUUAGCCCAUCCUCCAGACAGGCUUUGGAUUCUGGAGAAGAUAUUGCUUUUGCUGAUCUCUGUGAAAAAUACUUGCGUUCUAUUAAGUCAAGGCGAAAUUCCAUCAUAGUUCCUUUAGGUACACUGCAGUUUGGUGUGUGUAGACACAGAGCAUUGCUUCUGAAGUAUCUUUGUGAUCGGGUUGAGCCACCUGUUCCUUGUGAGCUUGUUAGGGGUUACUUGGAUUUCCAACCACAUGCUUGGAAUACCAUCCUUGUCAAAAGGGGGGAUUCGUGGGUUCGGAUGGUGGUUGAUGCAUGUCAUCCACAUGAUAUAAGAGAAGAGACAGAUCCAGAAUAUUUUUGUAGGUACAUUCCUCUAUGUAGAACUACAGUUUCUCUUUCAACUGAAGGUGACCCCUGUCCCAGUCCUUGCUCAUUUCCUUCCUUGAGCACGUGUGAUGAAAUUGAAAAAGUAACUUCAAGUUCUCUUCGUCAAUGCAAAUUCGGAUCGCUUGAUGCUGCAGCAAAGGUGCGUAACUUAGAGUUGGGUGGGAGUUCAAUUGAAGAUAUCAAGAAUUUCGAGUAUAGUUGUCUAGGAGAAGUUCGAAUAUUGGGUGCUUUGAAACAUUCCUGCAUAGUAGAAAUGUAUGGACAUCAGAUUUGUUCCAGGUGGCUCCCUUCAGUGGACGGAAAUCCUGAGCGUCGUGUAAUACAAUCUGCUAUUUUCAUGGAGUAUGUAAAAGGGGGAUCACUGAAGAAUUAUUUAGAGAAGCUAUCAAAAGCCGGUGAGAAGCAUGCACCAUUGGAGCUGGCAUUAUUUAUUGCUCAAGAUGUUGCAUCAGCAUUGGUGGAGCUUCAUUCAAAGCACAUUAUGCAUCGUGACAUAAAAAGUGAAAAUGUAUUGAUUGAUUUGGAUAGGAAGAAAGCUGAUGGAACUCCUGUUGUGAAACUCUGUGACUUCGACAGAGCUGUGCCUCUCCGCUCUUUUUUGCAUACGUGCUGUAUUGCUCAUAUGGGGAUACCUCCGACUGAUGUUUGUGUUGGAACACCACGCUGGAUGGCACCAGAGGUUCUGCAGGCAAUGCAUAAACGUAAUAGAUAUGGACUGGAAGUGGACAUAUGGUCAUAUGGGUGCAUUCUUUUUGAGUUGCUGACUCUGCAAGUUCCUUAUUUCGCAUCAUCUGAAUUAGAAAUACACGAUCUUCUUCAGAUGGGCAAGCGACCAAGGUUAACUGAAGAGCUGGAGUCUCUCGGAUCAGCUAAUGAACACACAAGGGCUGAGUUGGGUGCAGGGCUUGAGAAACCAGAUUCGGAAGUAGAUAUAUUGAGAUUUCUUGUUCAGUUGUUCCGCCAUUGUACUGAGGAAAAUCCAACAGACCGUCCUACAGCCAGAGACCUCUACGAAACAUUGAUUGCACGCACAAACAAAUUAAUAAGUUAAAGAAGUUAGGAACUAGUGUAGAUUUUCAAAUAGGUAAUAAUCCGCCCCAAUCCCAAAUUUUGGUACACCAUAAGAUGUCUUGCUAUAACUUAUAUAAAUUAUAAAAUUCUUUCCGGGAUCAAUUAUUUGGUUAACAUCUUCUGUAUGAGUAAAGUCGAGUAACAUUAAAUGUAACUCUUAUGUGUCUGUACUCUGACUGACAUCUGUAAAUUUUGUGGGUAGUUUUCUCUUGGUCUAGCUGUUAAUUGCUUAGGCAUCACACUGUAUUUGGUCCAACUUAUAAACUGACCUGAUUAAGCUAUUAAACCACUCCCAGUUUCUCUUCAAGAUUUCUGGGUUCCCUUUUGAUCCGACA